AUGGCGGUACUUUAUUUCCAUCUCAAGGGGUUCAAGAUUCACUCUGCAAACAAAAAGUAUCUUGGUAAGUAUUAUUACAGUAUUUUUAAUCAUAAGAGCGGUAUUUGCUCUGAAAAAUUCCCUUUUCAAUAUGGUAAACAUAAAGUAAGCGAAUAUUUUCAUAUUAAGCUUGAUAAUAAUAAAUAUCCUUCCUUUACGAUCAAACUUUAUAAAAAGGGAAUCCUUAAGGACAAACUUAUUGCUACUUGCCAAUUUGAUACACAAAAUAUCAACAUAGAUACUGUAUAUAAUGUUCGUAAGCUUAUGUGCAACAGGCGUAACGAUUUUCCCCAUGUCUCAUGCAGUGUUUCAAUUCAUCUCUCAUCAACAGGUUUAAAUCCAUAUCAAGCACCUGUUCGCGAGAUUGAUAACGUCACCCAAUAUCUAGAAGCUGCAGGCAACCAGCAAGAGCUUGACAACUUCUUUGAAGAAUUAUUACGUGAUUAA